GAGACUUUGCCUGAACCCAGCAACGGAAGCUUACCCUGUCGCUACGUCAAUCUCCUCUGGGCCGCCAUGGUCUACUAUUUCACAUCCAACGCGGUCUCUCCCGCCGCGUUCAUCUACGUCGGCAAGGACAAGUUUGAGAAUGAGGAUUUGAUCAAGUUUGGAUUGGACCACGAUGUCUGGUCAUUCCACGUUGACAACCUCUCGAGUGCUCACGUCUACCUACGUCUCCGCGAAGGCGAAACAUGGGACAACAUCCCCGAGCCCCUCCUCGAAGACUGCGCUCAACUGACAAAAGCGAACUCGAUCGACGGAAACAAAAAGGAUAACAUCACCAUCAUUUACACACCAUGGUCCAACCUCCAAAAAGACGGCUCCAUGGCCACAGGACAAGUCUCCUUCCACAACCAAAAGCUAGUCAAAAAGGUCCUCGUCCGAGUUCGCGAAAACCCCAUCGUCAACCGCCUGAACAAGACCCGCGUUGAGAAAUUCCCCGAUCUCCGAGCCGAAAAGGAAGAGUUCCUCAAGAAGAAGCGCCAUGAUGAGCGCAAGUUGCGCGAGCAGCAGCAAACUCGGGACAAGCAGGAGAAGCGUGAGCGUGAGCAGCUUAAGUGGCAGAAGAGCCAUGCGUAUGACGAUAUGUUUAGUCCUGAGAAUUUGGAGGCGAGCAGCAACCAGGACCGCGAUGCGGAUUUCUUGGACGAUUUUAUGUGA